GAGGCUCCGCGUUCCCAUCUUUGGGAGAAGCCAGCCCCAGCAGCAUGAAAGGCAUCCUCAUCGCUGGUGUCUUUGCAGCAUUUGCCAUCACAGUUAUAGACUCCCUGCAGUGUAGACAAUGUCAUGUAUUCAAUAGUACCUGUGAAGCCUCAGCUACAGAUUGUGGCCCAGAUUCCUUCAGUUGUGUGGAGUCCUCAAUCAACUCCACUCUAGGAGGGUCCUUGUAUUCAUACCAGAACAAGUUCUGCUCAAAAACUAAUUGCACCAAGAAUGAAACCACCCAAGUGGCCUUCACAGUGCAUGUGUUUGAUGACCAAAGCUUCCAUUUUGCAAGCCAGUGCUGUCAAGGAGAAUCAUGCAACGACACCAACCCUGGCUCCACAUCACAGACUCUCAGCAACAUCAAUUGCUCUGCUUGCUAUGGCAAUGGCACAGAAGCCUGCCAGGAGGAAACCCGGCAGUGUUUCGAAGGAGAACGAUGUGUCCACAUCAUUGCUGAGCAUGUAAAUGGUAAGUCUGGAGUGGAGCUGAAAGGCUGUUCUGAUAUCAGCGAGUCUGUUUGUGAAAUUCUGAAUCCUGUGAACACGACAUUUGGAGAAUUCAUUUUCCAGAGAGUUCUAUGCACCACUCCAGGCAGCGUCACUGCCACCACUCCGGACAGCGUCACUGUCACCACUCCAGACAGCGCAACCAUCCAAGCUUCCUUCGCCUCCAUUGUCUUCGGCAGUCUCCUUCUUCUGAAGCUGCUAAUCUGAGGUUCCUGGGCUCUGCCCCACCCAGUGUCCCAUGGGGGUUAACACCCUUUCUGUUCACAUACCUUCCAGUUUAAUUGCUCAGUGGGUUAGAAGUCACAGGGUUCCAGGCAAUGAUAACAGCCACAUUAUAUCCUUUAUUAAAUUGUUGUUUGACUUCUA